CACAGGCUCUAUAACAGCGUUACAUAUACAGACUCUAACAGGCUAGCCCUGAACAUACACUGCUGCUACAGUCUCAUUAUAGUACAGUGUUCUGCUAGGACCUCUUUACUGCUCAGGAACUGUAUCAUUAGAACAAACUCAGUAGACCACAAGAUUCUUGGGUACUGAUGAAUCUAUUCAACAAUGGUUAUCUGGCUCCAGCAUUAAGAUACCAAACAUUUGUUCCACAUUUGCUCCUGGUCUGCCAGCUGAUAACUGCAGUGUUUGGCUAUCCACAUUGUGUAAGACAUUUACUGGGAUCCAAGCAGCAUAAAGAAGUUUUUAGGAAUGGAGAAGCUGCCAGCAGCUUCUUGGGACGUCGGCUUCUGUACAACCAGUUUGAUUUUGAGAUGUUCGUCCCUGGGAACCUGGAGAGAGAGUGCUAUGAGGAACGGUGCAACUAUGAGGAAGCAAGGGAAAUAUUCGAAGAUCAUGAUGCAACGUUGGCAUUCUGGAAAGAAUAUUCAAAGGAUACAACCUCAAGUCAAGGUCAUAGAGUUGACGUGGUCGGACUGCUCACUGGUCUAAUUUCUGCUGGGACGUUUUUGGUUAUAUUUGGACUCCUUGGUUACUAUUGGUACAUAGUCCAUUGUGAUCCAAGAAGACACAGCCAAAUUCCAGAAGAAGACCACGAGUGCAGGAGUACCUCUGUCAGAUCUAGAAGAGAAGAGCUUCUCCCGAUGGAGCCACUUGCUCCACCACCUGCAGAAAUCGGACCACCCACCUAUGAGCAGGCCGUGGCAAUGAAUGUCGAUCAUGAGGUUCCUCCACCCCCUUAUCCUGAGGCUGUGGUAGACUCAAAACUCUACAGAAAGUCUUUAUCUAUUCCCGCUUCACAAGUUUUUUGAAUUGGUAUCCUGCUCCUUGAAAAGUUGGUGAUAUAUAAUCAACGCUAUAGAACUCAGUGCCCUAGAAGGGCUGGAAAGGGCUGGACAGGUGUACGUUGGCUCUUUACACGCAAGAUAAACGUUGGUGCUCCAACCACAGGCACCAAGUUAAACCACCGAAACAAAUGUGGGUUCAUGGUCAGUAGUGAAAGUCGCCAUUUCUAUAGACCGCCUGGAAAAUCGGAUGGGAAGGCAAAAAUGUAGGAUUAUUUACAUUACGAGCAGAACAGGAUCUGUGCACUAAUUUUAUAAACUGACAUUUAUCAUUUUGAGACUGGAAAAAAAAAAAAAAAGAAAAAAUAUGUAAGUGGCUCUAAAUGAAUAAUAUGCACAACUACCGGCAUAAAUCCUGGAAUGGGAAAAAUUACGCGUCAGUAGGCAGAGUCAUUACAGUGAGUACAGUACUCCAUGACAGAUGGGGGCACUUAUUGUACAGCGCUACAGAGAAGCAUGGCGCUAUAGCAAUAAAUUAUUACAGCAUACUGCAAACAGGAGUGUCUUGCUUUCCUCAAAUGUUUAUUUUCUUUGUUUGCAGGUAAGUAUAGAAGCAAAACCAAGGUAAACACUAUAAUUUCUUGUAGAUUUUUCCUUUAAAAAAGCAGCAAACAUAACUAAGAAGAUUGUGUAUUGAUUUAGCAUUUGCUGCUUGACAACUGGAAAAUUGGAUGGCAGCCUUUCUUGUUAUUUAGGAUAAGAAAUAGAACUUGUAGUGCUAGAUUUUGUUUUAGCCUUUUUCCAACUAGAGUCUAGACUGGGAUCUCUCUGCAUGUUGUGGUUUUAUCUGCAUUUAUCUUGUUUACCUUGUAUGUCCCUGUUUUAUAUACAGUAUGUCAGGUAUAUCCCACUGUCUGGGGCUGUGUAGCACUGCAGCACCUUACAAUGAAAUAACAACAACAGUAAUGAAACUUAUAGAGAAGGGCAUUAGCAUUGUCCAGUGGGAGGAAUUGAGUGGAUUGGGUGACAUUCCUUGCCGGGUAUAGAUUAGGAGCACUAAUGUCUAAUUUUGUAAUUAAGUGGAAAAUCAGUAUUCAUUUUGUGGGGUGGGAUUAUUAACACCUUCACUUUUCUAAUGCCUGUGUUGAGCCCAUUUUGUAUGCUUGUGCUUCUCACAUUCCAAUAUCAGUAACUCAUUUUUCAUGCUCUCCCCAAACAAAUGACAUUUUUUUUCCUCAGAAAACAUGGAUUAUUUUUUUUGUUCCAUUUUAUCCUCUCCCGGUAAUUUUAUGGAUGAGUAGCCCAAGGCUACAAUGGCUAAUGCAGUGGUUUCCAAACUUUUUUGAAUCACGGCACCCUAGAAUAUCAGAAUUUUUUUCACGGUACCCCUAGGCCAAAAAUUACUUAUUGAGAAAUUUAGAAAGAAAAUACGAUUUUAAACCUACCGGUAAAUCUUUUUCUCCUAGUCCGUAGAGGACGCUGGGGACUCCGUAAGGACCAUGGGGAUAGACAGGCUCCGCAGGAGACAUGGGCACUAAAAAGAACUUUAGAUAUUGGUGUGCACUGGCUCCUCCCUCUAUGCCCCUCCUCCAGACAGGGCCGGUUCAAGGGCGCAGAGCGCCCCGGGCAGGAAAGGGGCGUGGUCUAAUACAGGGGGCGUGGUGAGUCACGCCCCCUGUACAUUGAA